CUCCUCUUCGCCACUCCGAGCUUUCCAACACAGAGACCCACCCGACGAGGAAGAUGUUCCUGUUCUUGAAAUACUUGUCAAGAACCGUCCACGAAGAGCUGCAGUUCGAGCAUGAACGCAAACGCCUCGCAUCCUCGAUCAAGACAAUCCCGAACGAGGAUCGACACCAGAUCGGAGAACCCCGCCGCGAUAAUAACGCGCAAGAGGCCUGCGUUUCCUUCACGGUGUGGAGGAAGUCGCUCCUGAUCAACUGUAAUGGCUUCACGGUGAUCGACUCGCGCGGGGACAUAGUCUACCGAGUCGACAGCUACGGCGGCGGUCGUCCACGGGAGGUCAUUCUCAUGGACGGCGCUGGCAAAUCCGUCCUCACCCUCCGCCGUCUCAAGAAACUACUCGCGAGGCUAGAUGACUGGCUGGUCUAUGAAGGCGAGGUAGGCGACGGCGGACCUUCUUACAAAUCUGGCAAACUAUCAAGAAAGAAGAAGCCUAUUUGCUGCGUGAGGAAGCGGGUUGGCGUCUUUGGUGCUGCGUCCAAUGCGAUCGCGUAUGUGUGCCACGCCGUGCCGGGUAAGGCACGAGAGUACGUGAUCGAGGGGUCAUACGCGAACCGGUCAUGUAAAGUGCUGGAGGAGUCGUCGCGGGACGUGGUGGCAGAAAUCAAGAGGAAAGAGGCCAAUCUCGGCGGGGGAUCGUUCGGGACGGAGGUGUUCGUGCUGGUCGUGCGGCCGGGGUUCAACUGCGGUUUCGCCAUGGCUCUUGUUCUGCUGUUGGAUCAAAUGUUCUCCUAAGGAAUGAGAAUGAGAGAACAAGAGAGAAGUUGGCAAUGGCCCUUUGCUUUGGCAACUGUGGAUCAAAAAUCAAGUCGAACGUGCUCAAAAACGAAGAGGAGAAGAAGCAGCAGCAGCAGUUAAAAAGAGAGAUUACGGGAAAACGGAAAUGGAGAUGCGGGGUAUCGAUCCCCGUACCUCUCGCAUGCUAAGCGAGCGCUCUACCAUCUGAGCUACAUCCCCAUGUCGUGCACUGUUCCAAGAUGCUGGUAUUU